AUGACCCGGAAGCGCGCUGCCCCCACGCCUCGCCGCCGCCUUGCGCCCAAGCGACACACGGCAGACCCGACGGCCGAGUGGCUCUCGCAGCUGCUCGACCCUGCCGUCGUGCAGCUGGAGCUACGGACCAUGGGCUUGCCUGCGUCGCUCUCGGUUCGCCUCAACACGAUUGCUGCCGCCCGCCACACGCUGACGCAGUGGACGCACGCCAUUGCUUCGGGGAAGGCGCUUACUACCCACGAGCUGCGCGCGUACGCGUUGGCCUUCUACGGCCUCUUGCCGUGUCUUGCGCCAUCCGAUGCGACCGCGCCUGUCCCGAGCUGCCUCCUGCCACUGGAACCGCUACACGAUGCCGUCGCACUGCUCCACAACCAGUGCCUGACGCAGUCGAUUGCGUCGACAAAGCAUCUCUAUGGACAGCUGCAGCCGCUCUCGUCGCGGAAUGACGCUGGCUGCCAACGCCUUCUCGAGUGUGCGCGGUCGACCCGAGGGAUCUACGCCGGCGUGCGCACCAAGCACGUCUGGGCGAUCCACGCAGCCCCGAUCGACGCGACGAUUGGGAACCACCAGCUGCUCUUUUACGGAGCGCGGGGUAGUGCGGUUGCGGCCAUACUCGCCCAUGGCCUGCGCAUCGAUACGACGUCCGACGGACGCCACCUGCGCUACGGCCGCGGCGUGUACUUGAGCAACUCGAUGGAAGACGCAAUGACACACAUGGGCGACGGCGUCGGCGCCGGUUGUGUCUUUGUCGUCCAAGCGGCGCUGGGUGCUGUGCACACGCUCGUUGAUGGCCCCACGCCACAGUGGCAGUCGGCGCCCGACGGCUAUGACGCGGUGCGCGUCCCUGGCGCAAUGACGCCGGCGUCGUCACGGUGCAUCGUCGACGGCCUCCACAUGGCCCAUGGUCCGCUCGUGCACCAAGAGACGCCAUUGAUGCAGCGGCAUGACACGUACGUUGUGUACCGCGAGACGCAAGUCCGGCUGCGGUAUGUCAUCACGUUUCAAGGCAUCAGCGACGACGACGACGAGUAGCGACACCUUGUCUUGUACCUAUUUUACUCGAAAAUCAAACGAAAU